AUGAAAUAAAAAAAAGCUUCAGAAUGGGAUUGGAAUAAGAAGGGCACUCUUAUCUAUGGGACAAUUGUAUAAGUAAUGUGUUAUACUAGGAUUUUAAACCAUAGCCCUUGGUUAUAGGGUUUGAUAUGGAUGAAACCUUGAUUAAAACUAAAACUGGAAAGACAUUUGCAAAGGAUGCUAAUGAUUGGCAAUGGUGGAAUCCAAAAGUAAUCCCCACAAUUUAAGAUUACUCCAAACAAGGAUACUCUAUAGUGAUAUUCACAAACCAGAAUGGUAUUGAAAAGGGACACACAAAAGAAUCUGAUAUAAAAACAAAAAUUGAAUCCUUAUAAAAAGAACUCAAAAUUCCAUUAGCAGCAUUUAUAGCUUCAAGUGAUGACAACUACAGAAAACCUCGAGUAGGUAUUACUUAAAAUUAAAUUAAGAUAUGUGGACAGACUUUUAGGAAUUAACAGGAACCAAAGCUGACAUGGCAAAAAGUAUUUACUGUGGAGAUGCCGCAGGAAGAGUCAAAGGGAAAAAAAAAGACUUUACUGAUACCGACUUGUAUACAUUUUUAAUGAUUAUUUAGGAAAUUUGCUUUAAAUUUAGGCCUGAUAUUUAGAACUCCAGAGCAAUUAUUCCUAAAGGAAGACCUAAAUGAGGAUUAUUCAAAAUAACUAGGAUUCAAUCCAAAGAGCAUUCCUAAAGAGGGAUUUCUAUUUAAGGAAAGCAAAGUUAAUAAAUUUACUAAACCUGACAAACCAGAAAGUAAAUUAUAUCAAUAUUUUAAGUGAUUAUCAUGAUAGGAGCACCUGGGUCUGGUAAAUCAACCUUUGUUCACAAUCAUUUGAACGAUUAUACUAGAGUAAAUAGAGAUUCUUUGAAAACUAAAGAAAAAUGCCUUAAAGUUGCAGAGCAGGCAAUUAAAGAAAAGAAAUAUUUAGUAAUUGACAAUACAAAUCCAACUCCAGAUGAUAGAGCAGCAUUUAUAAAAUUAGCUCUGGAUAAUAAAUAUCCAGUUAGGGGUUUUUUCUUAGAAGUUUCUAAAGAUUUAUGUCUUCAUAAUGAUACUUAAAGAGAUACGAAUAAUUUUAGAGAGCACUUUUCAAAAAAAGUAGGAAAGAUGCCCAUCAACAUGAUCUUUUCAAAAAUUACACCACCUACUAAAGAUGAAGGCUUCUCUGAAGUUUUAACUAUAAAUUUUAUUGCAGGACCAUUUAAAAAUAAGGAUGACGAAGAUGCCUUCUAUAGUUUUGUUCAUGGAAAAAAAUGA